AUGCGUGCGGAUGUUUUAGCUAUGUUUGCCCCACGAUGCCAAGUGCCACUGCCGUCAGCCUACAAGCACCCUUCCGCGCGAAGACUAGGGCCCUUGCUGCUUCUGUGGCUCCUUGCGGUCCUUGCCCUUGCCUUCGCAGCGCUCUUGGAGACGGCCGGUGCGGUGUCGAAGCGAUCUGGCCACAAAAGCAGUCUUGCAUGGGCAAGCCCAAUCUGGAGGGCUAGCGGGGCGAGCGACGCCGCUGUGCUCCUGAACUCAACGUACUCCAAUGCCUUGGGCAGCUGCCAGGUGGUCGUGUGGCCGGAUGGGCGAAUGGAGUUUGAACUACAUGGUUUCGGCACUGCUGACACCACGGGCAAGAUGCUGCGAGACUGUCGGGCUGCGAUGAAGCGAAUCGAUGACUCGGUCAAUUGCACAGCGCUGGUUGACAUGAGGAUGGGCUUGGGUUGUUCACCCCUAGCAGUGCCGGUGAUCUCUCGUUUCAUGCGGGACGAGGGCCCAAGGAUUCAGUACUCAGCAGUACUUGGACCCAGACCACUCAUGGCGCUGGCCCAGACCAUUGCAACUGCGGUGCAUCAGACGGGCGUCGCCUUCUUCAUACACCGGCAUGAUGCAGAAAAGUGGUGCCAGAUCCCCACGCGGCAGCAGAGGCCAGCAAGAACACUCUUGCCCCUCGCUGCCGUGCCUUGCACAGACUACUUUGCAGAGCAGUUUUCAGAUGACACACCAAACGCGAGCUAUGACGAUAUCACCGCAGAGGACAAGGCAGAGGCUGACAAGUUGCGGCCUCAGAAGCAGGAGGCCCUGGCCAUCCUCUCGAAGUGCCGGGUGUCGCAGAAAAUUGGCAUGCUCGAGCUGCAAGUGAACGCUGUGGUAGCUUCCUUCCUUUCCAUUUCUUUCCCACUUUCAGAUUUCACACAUUCGGUUCAAAGUUUUCAGCAGUUUCAGCACAUGUGCCUCGGUCAAGAGAUGAUGAGUGCCCGUGCAAUUGAUCAGAAGGAGAAAGGACGCUAUCCUGCUUCAACCGUAGCCGUGGGGCACGAGCUUGAUCUCGAUUCGGAGUCCCGGGCUGUCAUGGAGGCAGCGACGAAGUCGCUGACGACCUCCAUUGGUUUCACAGGUGUCUGGGAGUGCCUUCGCGGCUGGUGGACGCGGUCGAGCGAGAAGGACCUUCGAGAGGCAGAGGCUGCGCUUCUGAGAAGGGCGGUGUCCUCGAAGGUGAAGGUCACGGAGGUUCCAAUCUCCGAUGAGCAUACCGUGCAUACGCUUUGUGUCUCGCAAGGGGCGAGGACGAGCGGUGCGAGCGGGCUGGCGCCUGUGGUUCUAAUCCACGGCUACUUUAUGGGCUCAGGUUCAUGGGCUCACAGCUUAGAUGCCCUGGCCUCCACUGGCAGACAUGUCUACUCCAUUGACUGGCCGGGAUGGGGCCUCUCCUCGAAGCCUGACUUUCCGACGGGUCAGGGCACCCGUGUGUGCGAGCAGUUCUUCGUGGAGGGCAUCGAACGCUGGCGGCGGUCCGUUGGCUUGGAGCGUGUGGUACUGCUGGGCCACAGCUUUGGAGGCUACUUCGCUGCCUGCUAUGCCAUGAAGCAUCCCGAGAACGUGGAGGCGCUGAUUUUGGCAAGUCCUGUCGGCAUGGGUGAGAAGAGAGGCGAGCAAGGGCUGCUGAACCCUGAGAGACUUCAGUCGCUGCCUUGGUGGCAAAGGACCCUCAUCAGAACGGCCCAUGACAUGUGGUCGGGAGGCUGGACUCCUAUGGACCUCGUGCGCGGUCUGGGUCCGGCAGGGCUGUGGCUGGCACAAUGGUACAUGGAUCGCCGGUUUCGCCUGCCUCGUGAGCUUGGGACCAUGGAGGCGGACAAAGACGAAACCGCCGCCUACAUCCAUCAACUGGCAGCUCGCCCCGCUGGGUCGGAGCGCUGUCUCGGUGAGCUGCUGUCCUUUGGUGCCUGGGCUAAGGAGCCCAUCGGUCCGCGACUAGCACAGCGCUGGAAGGAGUUGGGAAGCCGAGCGCCACCAGUCACUCUGCUCUACGGCGAGUCUGAUUGGAUGGACGCGGGAGCAGGUGUGGAACUGGCACGCGAGCUCGCCAGAAUUCGGCACCCUGCACCAGAAGUGCUCAUGGUCGAGGGUGCUGGCCACCAGCUCUUCCUUGAUAACCCUGCCGCCUUCAAUGCCGCCUGCUAUCGUGCUUUGGGUUCAGGCCUACCAUCAGUCGCCGGAUUCUACCGGCAGCUCUUUCAGAUGGCAGAGACUCUUCGGGAGCUCAUGCAGCAUGUGGAGGCGCUUCAGGCCCAGGAAUCGACGCAGCUGCAGGAGCUCCGCGGGGCCCGCGGCGACAGCGCCCGGAGCUCUGAGGAUCACCAGAAGCGUCUGAGCGGUGUGGCCGACGAACUGCAGUCGCAGGCGCUGGUUCUCAAGUCCUUGCAGCAGGCAUCGAAGGACACAACUUCGCAGCUGCGAGAAGAGCUUCAAGCGCAGGACCCUCGCGCCCAAAUCGGUGAGCUCAGCAAGGAGACAGCGAAGCUCCUUUCUGACCUGGGCCGCCAGGUGGAGUCCCUUCGCAGCCCCGAGGUUCCAGAGAGGGUGUCGGAGCUGCAGAGGGGCUUCGAGGCACUGCAGCGGAGCGUCGAGGCCUUGAGGACCAGCGAAUCCCAGCACAUGGCCGAGAUACAGAGAUCUGCAGAGAGUAACUCUCAGUCUCUACAAUACCUCCGCGCGCAGGACACAGGGCAAAAGCUCAUCGAGUUGCAGCGGCUAGUGGAGACACAGUCGAGGAGUUUGGAGGCCGCCCGCAGCCAGGACGCCAUGGAGUUGCGGCGGGUCGUGGAGGCCCAGGGCGCCCAGCUGUCGGAGGCCCUGCGGAGCCAGGACUCCGAGAAGAAGCUGAGUGAUCUCCGGAAGUCCACUGAGGCGCUGGCAGAUCUUCUGCAGGAGAUGAAGCCUAGAGUUCAGGAGACAUCUGCUGGCCUGGGCUACAUCACGACAGCCAUGGCCACCCACAGACCUGGCAAGCCAGGCGGUCGCACGCCACCAGGCCAGCAGUGUACGGUCAUCGUGGCGCUGAGUGACACUCAAGUUUGGAUCUGGGCUAUUGCUUUGGGUUGUGCUGGCUCAAAGUACCAGUGGUACCAACCAUUCCGCACAGUCGAAAGGCGAGCAUGGGACGGGUCAGCACCACGAGCAGAAAGGAAGGCCCGCGACAUCCAUGCCAUAGUUCUUGAGAGGCCGGAGCCAGAGCAAGAGAAACGCCGCCGGACGGAGAGCCACCAGCGGCAGAAGGAGCAGCGAGAGCAGGUCCAGCAGCCGCAGGUUCCUGCGGCGGAGGAACGAACCUGGCACGAAUUCCUCCCCCACUUCGCACGGCAGUACACCUCACAGAGGCAUGGAGAACAGAGCGAGUGGGGCCAGCUUGCUGCCGCGCCGCGUGCCUCGCUUCGUGGCACCUUGCUGUCGGCAGAGGCGCCGGACUAUGCCAGCGUAGCGGCUCGUGAGGCCAGUUUGCGAGCGGUCUCCGACUUGGAGCAGCAGGAAGCUCGGGCAGCUGCGACGGCGAGGGACACCUUGCACGCUCUGCGCCAGACCUCUUCGAAGGACAUCCUCAGCAAGGCCAGCGACUGGCACUCGAUCCAGGACUUGGUGGCACUCUCCCGGCAGAAAGAUGCAAAAUCAUUACAGGACAGGUUGGAGGCGACGACGAAACAGUUGGAACAGUUUAGCUCUCAACAGACUGCAGCCGGCUUCAAUGCGACACGAGCGGCAGAACUUAUGGACAACUUAGACAAAGCAGUGGCGAACGUUGCCCAGAGCGUGGAAGUGCAGAGGAAGAGAGCCAAAGCAGCAAUAAAGGCUGCUCGGCAAGACGCCCUCGGCCAGGUUCGGCAGCUUGAGAAACGAGCCAGAGCUGCUGUCAGGUCUUGGAGAUCGGAUGGCAGGCAUGCUGUCAACGCACAGAGGCAGGCCAACAUGCCAGAGCAGCUCUAUGAGAGCCAUGACGACCAAAUGCGAGAUGCCGUCGGCGACACAGAGCAGGAGGUUGAGAACGCAGCCGAGGGCUUGAAGGACAACAUCAACGAACAUUACGGGAAGUUGGACGACGAACUUGAGGAUGCAUCCAUUGGUGCUAGCAGCAAAGCUUUGCGGCACAGGGCAGAGAAGGCCCAACACCGUCUGCAAGAGCUUGCCCGGAAUCUUGGCGUACAGGCGGCGCUAUUGGAGGCCCUCGCAAAAGCGCGGUUUGCUGCAGAAGAGAAGUCUUGGAAAGACUUGCAUGCUCCACAGCUGCUGGCUGCUGUGCCACGCUCUGCCAACAUGUCUUCUGAAGUCGCGACAGCACAGGCACAAGAACAGCAUGCUGCUGACAGCUUCCAGAACAGCCUGAACUCUUUGAAGGAUAUGUCGACCCCCGAGGUCAUCCGCAAAGUCAACGGCUGGCAGACACUGCAGGAACUGGUUGCAGGCUCGAAGCCCAAGGAGACGGAUUCUUGGGAGAAAACCCUUGAGUCAAAAACCAAAAAGCUCGAGCGAUUCAACAAUGAGUCUCGCAAAAGUGCCCUUGACUUCGAUGCAUCGCAUGCUGCAGAACUGGCCGACGCUGUCGAAAAAGCUUCCUGGCAUGUGGAGCAUGAUGCAGAGGAACAGAAGCACAGAAUGAAGGCCACUCUCAAGGAUGCUCGGCGCAAAGCCCAUCAGCAUGUGAAGGCACUCGAGGCCGAAGCUAAGGCUGCCGCGAAGUCCUGGAAGUAUCAUGGCAGGCGAGCAGUGAGGGCGCAGCGAGCGGCACACAUGCCGGAGCAUGUCUACGAGCGGCAUGAAGACCACAUGGAAGACGCAGUUGGGGAUGCCGAGGACAAGGCCGAGGAUGCGGCGGAGCGGCUGGAAGAGCAACUUAGCCAUCACUACGAGAAGCUGGAGGACGAACUUGCAGACGCAUCCUUUGAUGCCAGCGGCAAGGCCUUGAGGCACAGGGCAGAGAAGGCCCAACACCGUCUGCAAGAGCUUGCCCGGAAUCUUGGGGCUCACGCGGCGCUAAAGGAGGCCCUCGCAAAAGCGCGGUUUGCUGCAGAGGAGAAGUCGUGGAAAGAGUCCCAUGCUCCACAGCUGCUGGAUGCAGCAGCUUCAGGUGAUCACCUGCGAGGACUUUUGAUUGCAAGCGUUUUUACUGCGUCCUUCGUGGCAGCUCUUGCGUUCGUGCAGCGUCGCCGUCCGGUGAAGGUGGAUGCGCCUCCUCUCCUGGGCUGA